AUGAGAAGUAAUCGUACGAUCAAUCGCACAGUAGAACUUAUGCUCACCAUGUUCGGUGUCUGGCCAGGUAUAUCAUGCGUUGUACUCUACAGAGUGUUUUGGAUGAUUACGCUAGCAAUUAAUCAAUUCUUCCAUUACUCGUACUUUGUAACGCACUUUCACUUCGACAAUCUUUUCGACUUGAUGGACUGUCUGAGUAGCUUUUUGGCGCAUAUAAAACUAACUGUUAAACUUAUUAUUUUCUCGUUGAAACAACGAAAAUUCAUCGAAAUCUUGACAACAAUGGCGCAAGACUGGAAUGAUUGUGAUGACGAUGAUAUUGCGUUACGCGAAACAGCGGACAAAACGAAACUAUCGAGUCGGAUUUGUAAUGGAUUAAUUAUUCUUCAUACAAUCGCCACGUUUGCAUAUGUCAUUGGUAUCCUCCUGACCAAUGCCGACGUCACCGAUCGAACGGUUGAACUUCCUCUCAUAAUGAAAAUGGAAUAUCCCUUCGUUAUAGACACGCAACGCAAGUACAGGCUGACAUUAGUUACGCAGUUCGUUUUCGUGAUGGUGUACACUUGGGGAGCUGGUUUAUUCAACGCUCUGUUUCUAACUCUGAUUCUACAUGUGGGCAGUCAAAUAAACAUCCUGCUUUGCUGGUUGUCGAAACUUGGAUCCAAAGACAUCGAAGACAAGCAUGAUUCAUUCAUUACUGUUACAACGAAAAUCAUUCGAAAGCAUCAAAAAAUUAUCAAUUUUUCGGAGAACGUUGAAAAUCUCUAUUCAUACAUUGCUUUGCUUCACUUCACAUUAAAUAUAGUGAUGAUUUGCUCAUUAGCAUUUCUUAUUGUGACUGUGAGUAAAGUUAUUUACAUUUCAAAUAUAAAAAGUACGCAUUCAACUAUAGAAUCAAUUGCAUUAUAUGCUAUAACGAAUCUCGAAGCAUUUAUAUUUUGCUUCGCUGGAGAAUAUUUGAACAAUAAGAGCAAAGCAAUCGGAAAUGCAGUGUACAAUUCUACCUGGUAUAAUAUGAAAGCUAAGGAUAGUCGUGUUCUAUUAUUUAUAAUUUUACGAUCUCAAAGACAAUUGAAGCUUACGGCGGGCAAGAUGACAGUUCUUUCCUUUGAGUGCUUUACAAAUAUUAUGAAAGCGUCAGGAUCGUAUUUAUCGGUACUACUGGCAAUGAAAUAA